UUAGGGUUUAAGGAGGGUGGGGGCGGGGGCGAGGGCGAUGCGGGAGGGAGCGAGCGGUCUGCAUCGAACAUCUCCAACUCCAUCUCCAAACUUUUUGAACGACUCCAUGUCCAUGUCCCUCAGGCUCUCCUCCUUCCCACCUGCACUUUGGAGACUCCAACCUCCUCCUCCUCCUCCUCUUCCUCCUCCAGUAGUCUCGGACACCGCCGCCGCCGCCGCCGCCAUCCCGCUCUCCUCUGCCCGCUCGAGAACCAGACGCUUCCGUUGCCUCCUCCCGUCUUCCCUCACCACCCAGAAUCGUGCUCCCAAGCUCCCUCCCCUCCUCUCGAGCCCGGGCGAUGUGCCCUCCCCUGAACAAGAUGCAGAAGAUGAAGAAGGAGAAGAAGAAGGAGAAGAAGACUGCGCUUCCUCCGCGCGCGACGCCUUGUCCCGCCUCCUCCAUCUCGAAUUCGGUCUCUCCUCGGACGACGCCUCGAGGGUCGCUUCCAAUGCCCCCGAUUACAUCCGCUCCUUGAUCGACGGGGUCCGGGAGCUGGACGAGCUCUCCCUCUGGGAUUCUUCCUGGAAGUCCACGCCCCUCCUCGUCUCCUCCGCCUCCGCCGUCGCCGGUUUCCAGGAGAAGGUGGUGUUCUUGGCCAAGCAAAGAGGUGACCGGGGCAAGGUCGCUUUCCUCGAGAGCAUCGGCCUCCCCCUCUCCUCUGCCCUCUCCGUCGCUCGCUCCGUCUCCUCCAACUCCCUCCCCUCCCUCCUUCGCAAGGUUAAAGUGUUGAAGGAAAUCUUAUUUUCUAGCAGUGAUGUAGAAGUCUUGCUUGGGAAAAAUGCUCGUCGAAUGAUGAUGCACUUAUCAAUUCCUGUGGAUGAAGAUGUGCAGCUAACCUUAUCUUUCUUCGAAAAGAUUGAAGCAAGACGUGGGGGUCUAGACAUGUUGGGCAACAAAGAUGCCUCUUUUCUAUAUCUGGUUGAAUCAUUUCCGCACCUUCUCUCAUUGCCGGUAGAAUCCCAUGUAAAGCCUCUGGUACAAUUUUUUGAAAGUAAUGGCAUUCCUCGUGGACAAGUACGGAAUAUUAUUCUUCUCUUCCCACCGAUCAUCUUCAACAAGGUUGAUGACAUCAGCAAGAAGGUUCUGGUGUUUCAGAAGAUUCUGGCAGAUAGUCAUGAUAUUGGGAGAAUGCUUCUGAAAUAUCCAUGGAUGCUUUCCACGAGCAUCCAGGUGAAUUACGAGGCAAUCCUUUUGUUCUUUCACAUGGAAAAGGUACCAGAACCAAGCAGUCACCGUGCAAUUAGAUACUUGCCUCAUAUUAUGGGGUGUUCAACUAGCAAGCUAAAGCUGAUGGUGGAAUCAUUGGGUGAGCUAUCUGUUCGAAAUAAGAAAAUGGGUAAGGUCAUUGCUAAAAGUCCUCAGCUACUACUACGGAAGCCUGAAGAAUUUUUCCAGGUGGUUUCUUUACUCGAAAAUCUUGGAUUUGAUAGGGAGACAGUGGGGAAGAUUGUUCUUCGCUGUCCUGAAAUUUUUGCUGCUAGUAUAGAGAAAACUCUAAACAAGAAGCUUGGGUUCCUUAAAAGCAUGGGCAUUUCCAAUGAUCACCUUCCACGGGUUAUAAAGAAAUAUCCGGAGGUUCUUGUGUCCGAUGUUGACCGCACUUUAAUCCCUCGGAUAAACUAUCUGAUGGAGAUAGGGCUUACAAAGCGAGAGAUUGCCUUCAUGGUGCGUAGGUUCUCGCCAUUGUUGGGUUACAGUAUUGAGGAGGUGUUCAUACCGAAGCUGGAAUUUCUAGUGAAGACAAUGGAGAAGCCUCUGAAGGAGAUUGUGGACUACCCAAGGUACUUCAGCUAUUCACUGGAGAAGAAGAUAAAGCCUAGGUAUUGGGUGUUAAAGGGUAGGAAAGUAGAGUGUAGCUUGAAAGAUAUGUUGAGCAAAAAUGACGAGGAAUUCGCUGCCGAAUUUUUGGAUAUCGAAAGGAUGCCUGUUCCCCCUGCCCCUUCUCAUCUUUGAAAUGCCCCGUGAAAGCCGUUGUAACAUAGAAAGCCGGGGUGUUGUAUAUACAUAUAAAGAAAGUGCAGUUAAAAGGAAAAAAAAAAAAAAUUAGUGAGUUGGGUUUUCCUAAA